AUGGCUGACCGUGACGAUGAUGACGAAGAGACGAGGGAGAUCGUGGACGUCAUAGACAACAUACGGGAAGAGGAGCGUCAGAGGAAGUCAGAGAGCGCUGAGGAAGAUGAACCCACGGUUGACACCAAGGUUCUCAAGGAGUGUUCAGAACACGCUGAGUUUGUGAUGCCCUUGGCACAGAAACUCAGCGACACGAACUGCUUGGGAGCUACGAUUUUGUCGUGGUGGGAUUUCCUUGUGGGGCUCCUGCGCGAUAGUGUUGGCAAGGCCCCUGACUCUCGGCGGGUAGCUGCCUUCUCGAGCCAGCGGAGGCUGGUUCGCCCUCGCAUGAUGCAAGAGUUUCUGAGGGACGACCGGACUUAUGCAACUGCCGUCACGCUAGUGGAACAUGAGGAUGAAGCGGUGCGGCGACUCGGUAUCGUGUUCAAUCUUGUUGACAAGGCCACGUGGCAAUUCUUGGCGGACGAGAUCACCAAGGUGAACAUAUUGAGGGUGGAGUACCCUACUACCCGGUACGAGUUGGACCAGGAUCGGCGUGAAGUAGUGUAUUUCCUGUCCGGGUGGCUGUUGAGCAGCGCCCUCUCUCAUGUGACGAGUCACAAGAGGGAUGGUCCAGCGUUCACAAGUUUUGUCAAUAGUCACCAGUAUGAGGAUGCCGCCCAGUUUGUGAAGGUGCAUCCCGGGCUGAAAGGGUUGGAAAGGGAGGUGGACAGGAGAAACGUUAAAUGGCGAGGUCUUAGUCUCAUCUUUGCCGACGCAUCGUUCUUCGAGUUCGUGUACACGCUGGAGGACGGGUACCUUCACGCGCUCAAGCAACCGGCGCUGUUUGCCACAUACCAAGGUGACCUUCCCGCCAAGAUAUUGGAGGUCGUGUCUAGCGCCACGCCGGUGAAGAUGGCUUUUCGCCGCUGCGUAGAUUCUAUUCGGAAGGAAGCCGGGAAGGGUGUAGUCAUGCGUAGCUAUGGUGUGCUUUUCGACUUUUUCUUACUGAAGUGGCACAACAUGCGCAUGGCCGACUACGCGAAGAAAUUGUCCAACGCUCAAAAAGUUGUGGAGCAGAGGAAGGACAAAAGUGCAGAAAAGGGGGGCGAUAAGGGUGCCUUGAGGGAUCGGCUCAAGUCGAUGGUGAACAAAAAGACCGGGGUUAGGACCGAGACUCGUAAACCAACAACACCGGAGAGACAGAAGCGUGUUGAUCUUGCCGACUCAAUAGGAUUUAGGGACUUCAUGAGGCUCACCAAGGGCGAACUUGCUUCCCGUAUCAAGGCGUGUGGUGGAGUUGUUUCUGGGAGGGAAAGGCAGUAUGACCUCCGGUCUAUGUUGAGGGCGAUAGCGCCGGGCGAAGGUGAGGAUGUAGAUCCGGCGUGCCGCGGAGAGUCCAAGCAGGGUGAGGUAACACAAAUUGCGCUACAGGCUUUCCUUCGGGCUCAGCGUUAG